AUGCAGACAAACCAAAUCAUAGCACUGCUUCUUAGCUUCGUUUUCGUCCUUAUGUUUGUUAUGAUUUUCGUUACCAUGCGACUUGUCAAUAUUUUUGCCCAUAAGAUUGCGGAUGCAGAGUCGAAUCUUAGAGCAGAUCGGACAGUUGAUGGCGAUGAUGGUGUAACGGCUAUUACUGAACCUGCUACCACCAUCGCCUGA